AUGCAAGCCCACAACGAGGCUAGUAACCCUGAUUUCGGUCAAUUACCCAAUUUUCCACAACCGCCUCCAGCUUCAACAACGAUGCCGACCACGGUGCCUUCCACAAAUCACGCACUACUGUCCGCACAGCAAAUAAAUCAUUUGAAGCUUCAAAUUCUUGCUUUUAAAUUGAUUUCUCGUAACAUGGUUGUACCUCCGCAACUGCAGACAGCACUGUUCUCACCUGGUCAGGCCGGCUCAUUGUCAACACAAGAGUUGACGGGUAACAUAUCUUUACCGAGCAAAAUUGUUGAAGUUUCCCAUAAUCAUCACAGUGUACCUUCGCAUGGGUCACACGCAUCAUCCGAUUCUUCAAUGGACAUUUUCUCUGCUCAACCUCCUACUUCAAUUACUUAUAAUUCCUAUACAAACCCGUUGACCUACUUGAAGCCAGUUAAUACCUAUUCUCAUGCAUCUCGACAACAAAGGAUGUUAAUCCCAGCAGUAAUGCCUAUAGGGAUUGAUCCACAUGAUAUUGCUGCAGAAAGGGAACGUCAGUUAAGGGCACGGGUACAAUAUAGAAUUGAAUUGCUCGAGAAAGAGUUGAUGGAUGAAGAGGCUGAAAAUUUGACUCCAAGCGAAAAAAUAAAAAAAUCAAUAGAUUUAAGUUCAUCGAAAUUAUGGGAUUUUCAGAAUAAGCUUCGCCAAGAAAUUAUAAAUGUAGCUAGAGGCGCAAUGUUGGCCACAAUAAAUGAUCACACUGCCUUUAGGAGAAUGAAAAGACCGUCAAUGCGAGAUGUGAGACAAAUCGAUAAACUUGAGAAACAGCAACGGGAUGACAGGCAGCGUCGCCAAAAGCAAAAACAUUUAGAUCAUCUAGCACGCAUUUGUAAUCAUGGUCGUGACAUUAUUCAAUGGCAUCGUACAAACCAGAAUAAGCAACUUAAAUUUGGACGAGCGGUUUUAAAUUAUCACGCUCAGGUUGAAAAGGAAGAGCAGAAGAGAGAGGAACGUCUACGCAAAGAACGUCUGAGAGCAUUGAAAAACGACGAUGAAGAAGCUUAUUUAAAACUCAUUGACAAAGAAAAGGACACUAGAAUUGCACAUCUGUUGGAUCAAACGGAUUCGUACCUAGAAUCAUUGGCACAAGCUGUUGUUGAGCAGCAACACGAUGAUCUGCAUUCAGAUCCCGCAGUUAGGGGUGGCGUUGAACUGAUGGACGAGAAUGAAGAUGAAGAAACCUAUACGAUUGUGAAUGGCCAAAAAAUCGACUAUUACAAAGUUGCUCAUAGAAUUAAGGAAGAGGCCGAGCAACCAUCGAUGAUGGAAGGUGGUACACUCAAAGAUUAUCAAGUUAAAGGGUUACAAUGGAUGGUAUCACUAUAUAACAAUCGAUUAAAUGGCAUCCUUGCUGACGAAAUGGGUCUUGGAAAAACCAUUCAAACUAUAUCCUUGGUCACAUACCUCAUUGAACGGAAGAGACAAAAUGGUCCAUUCUUGAUCGUGGUCCCAUUAUCUACGUUGACAAAUUGGACCCUUGAAUUUGAAAAGUGGGCGCCGUCUGUUAGAAAAUGUGUUUACAAAGGAAAUCCUGGUGUUCGCAAAGAACUUCAACAAUCAUAUAUUAAGCACAUUGACUUUCAAGUUCUUUUGACUACUUAUGAGUACAUUAUCAAAGAUAAAUCGAUAUUGAGUAAGAUACGGUGGGUCUAUGUGAUAAUUGAUGAAGGCCACCGUAUGAAAAAUGUCAAUUCCAAGUUGUCCAUAAUUUUGACCAACAAUUACCAGUGCCGCUAUCGGUUAAUUCUUACUGGAACUCCGUUACAGAAUAACCUUCCAGAAUUAUGGUCACUAUUGAAUUUUAUUCUUCCCAAAAUUUUUGAUUCUGUGAAAAGUUUUGACGAAUGGUUUAACACGCCAUUCGCAAAUACUGGCGGUCAAGACAAGAUAGCUUUGAACGAAGAAGAAUCUUUGCUUAUAAUAAAACGUUUGCAUAAGGUUCUUAGACCUUUCUUACUACGUCGGUUGAAAAAGGAUGUUGAAUCAGAAUUACCCGACAAGGUUGAACGGGUAAUUAAAUGCAAGCUAUCUUCCCUCCAAUUAAAAUUGUACAAUCAAAUGAAGAAACAUGGUGUCCUUUUUGUAAAUACUGGGGAAAAAGGGAAAACUGGUAUCAAGGGCUUGAAUAACACUAUAAUGCAGUUGCGAAAAAUUUGCAACCAUCCGUUCGUGUUUGACGAAGUCGAAAAGGAUAUCAAUGUCCAUUUGACCACAAAUCCUCUAAUUUAUCGUGUCUCUGGAAAGUUUGAGUUAUUAGACAGAAUAUUACCUAAAUUCUUUAGAUCUGGACAUAGAGUGUUGAUUUUCUUCCAAAUGACUGCUAUUAUGUCUAUAAUGGAAGAUUUUUUGAUGUGGAGAGGAUUCAAAUACUUACGUUUGGAUGGUACCACAAAGGCCGAAGAUCGUUCAAUUCUGUUAAAGAAAUUUAAUUCUGUCGAUUCGGAUUGUUUCGUAUUUCUGCUUAGUACUCGUGCAGGUGGAUUAGGGUUAAACUUGCAAACUGCUGAUACUGUUAUUAUCUUUGACUCUGAUUGGAAUCCCCAUCAAGACUUGCAAGCGCAAGAUCGUGCUCACCGCAUUGGUCAAACCAGGGAAGUUCGCAUAUUACGUUUAAUCUCUCAAAAAUCAAUUGAGGAAACCAUUCUCGCUCGGGCUCAAUACAAGUUAGACAUAGAUGGGAAAGUAAUUCAGGCUGGAAAAUUUGAUAAUAAAAGUACUGCUGAAGAACGUGAGGCUAUCUUGCGUUCGCUCUUGGAAGAAAGUGAAGAGGCAAAUGAUUUUGAAGAGGAGGAGGAAUUAGAUGAUGACGAACUUAAUGAAAUCCUUUCUCGUAAUGACGAAGAACUUGAAAUGUUUAGGAAAAUGGAUAUUGAGAGAAAUCAAAGAGAAGAAAUGGAGUGGAGAAAAAGUGGUGGAGUAGGUAAACGACCGGAAAGAUUAAUUGAGGAGCGUGAGUUACCACCAGUAUAUAUAAAAGAAUAUGAUACAAUUAUUCGCCGUGAGGACCCUGGAGUAGAAUAUGGUCGUGGGCAAAGGCCAAGAGGUGCCAUUAAUUACGAUGACGGAUUGACGGAAGAGCAAUGGGUCAACGCUAUCGAAGAUCAAAAUAUAGAUGUCGAUGACUUGAUUGCCAAAAAAAAGAAAGCAAAGGAAAAGAGGAUUGCAAAAAAAUAUCAAAAAAUCCAGGUUCAGAGUCAAUCAGAGGCAUCACAGCAAUCUACUCUGAAUCCUGAUGAGUUAAAGUCCGACAAUGAUUCUAGGAAGAAACGUGGUCGACCAAGAAAAGAUGAUGUACUUUUUUUUGAAAAUGUAUCCGAAUCUUCCAAAGGAUCAAAGAAAAAGAAUAAAGGGAAACGUUCGGCAGAAACAGACCUUGAUGAUGACUCAAAGAAAAAGCGUAAAACGGGUAAGAAAACUCCUAAAGAAAGUCCUACUGAUACAGUCCCGCCACCAAUACGAGAACAAAUGAAGCGGAUUUUUAAUGAAUUAUAUAAUCUCGUUGAGAACCUAACGGAUGACGUGGAAGGGGAACCACGACAACGUGCAUAUCUCUUUCUUGCGCUUCCUAACAAAAAGGAUUGGGAGAUCUAUUAUACUAUUAUAAAGAAACCGAUUGCGAUGGAUAUGAUUAAAAGAAAAAUAAAAAAUAAUUCUUAUCAAACAGUGUCUCAAUUUAAAGAAGAUUGGCACUUGAUGUUUAGUAAUGCUAAGAUUUUUAAUGAAGAAGGUUCACAAGUAUACAUUGAUGCCGAAAAGAUGAAGGAGGCAUUUGAUGCUAGAUUUGAAGAACUCUGUCCAGGUGGUCAACUUCCACCACUGGAAAAUGAUGAAAUGGAGUUUUAA